GUGAGUUUCAUUUUUUUCGUGAGUUUUAUCUUUUUUUAGUAUUGCCUACUUCCCAAUGUACACCCAGUGACACAAUAAUACACAAUAAAUUAAGUACCUACCUGGGUUCUACUGCUGCACGUGAGAAGGACCUGUGAGCGAGAAGAGGAGGGUUAAAAUUGUCGAUAGCAGCAUGGAUUCUUUGGAAAAGGUUUGUGAGUUUCUGAAGAACAGGGGAGUUGCUAGUAAUGUUGUGGAGAAGUUCAAGAAUGAAAAGAUGGAUGUGCUUGCAGUUUGUAAUGCAGAUGACGAGAUGCUACGUUCUAUGGGAUUAGUAAAGGCUGGCGACCGUUUAAAUCUGAAAGCGUUUUGCGAAUCAUCCAAUAAACCAGAAAAAGAAGGGAGCAAAGAUAAGAAAAGGAGACUCCUCCAUGCUUUUACGUUUGGAAAACAAAAAACAAGUGUUACUACACAAAAGCAAGCAAAUAUAAAGAAGUCAAAGAAGAUAAUGAUUGGCUGAAAACAUUAUAGGAGUGAUGUUCAAUCGUAUGUCUUGGUGCCCCUUUCGAAAGGAGGGGGUAGUCGAAAGGUGGAUGUACCUCUUUCAGCCAACAAGUUUGAGAUAAUGAAACUUUGCAAAUCCUUGUUUUUUGAUGAUGGACAAUCGUUUUAUGGAAAAGAAUCAAGUAUGAGUAUGAGCCUUGGAAAUUUCAAGAAUGAGAUCAUUCACGUUACUUUAAUAGUCAACGGAAAAGAAGUUCCCUUAAAUUUGUCUAACUACAUAGAAGCCCAUAAAACAAGGGAUGUGCGGAUCUACUUACUUACAAAGACAAUUGAUGAAACAAGUAGUGAGGAAGAGAGCGAAAGUGAAGGUCCGGGAGGCUCUCUUCGAAGCAUGCUUUAUUCAUUGCAACCAGGCAAUGAAGAGACAGAUCAAUCUUUAGUGACGAUGGAGGUUGAUGCAGAUAAUGGUGUUGUGCCAUUUGCAUCUCCAUUCUUCAAGAGAGAUGGGGGCGCAGAUAGUGGUUCGUUGUCAGCUGAAUCUUCAGUGAAAAGCGAGCCACUACAUAGGAAGGAAGAAGAAGCAGAUAAUGGUUUUGUGUCUGGAUUGAUCGGCACUUCUGGACAAAGAGAGAGGUUACGAAUGCAGCAGCUGGAACAAUACCAUGCUAGCUUAAAUGAAGACCGCAUUAAAGAACAGAAAAAAGAGGAAGAAAAAGUGAAGCUCAGACGAAAAAAAAAGUGCAUGGUGCGCGAUCGGCCAGACUUCUUGCAGAGCCCGAUGAAGAUUUCUUCACCAUCAAAGUGAGACACCUCUCUCAGGGGCUCUGCACUCGGCGUUUUCCAAUGGAGGCAAAAAUGAAUUCUGUUUACGAUUGGGUAGGCUCUCUUGACGUACAAUAUGACACGUUCACAUUGUACAACCAUUGUGGAACUAUUCUGACACCCAAUGAUAAGAUAAUCAACCAGUCCACCCUUAGCAUGAGGGAAACAGAGAAUAACAUGGCUAUGUCAGAGUCGGACUCAGAAAUCUCGUUUUUGGGGUAUGGAAGUUCAAUGGCUGCAUUCGAUGACACUUUGACCGACGCCUCUGAUCGAAUGCUUAAACAAGUCCCUAUGAUUGCGUAAGUAUUAUUGCAUCUCACCUCUCAUGUAAUGACUGAGAAGGUAUCUUUAAGAUUCUGCAGGGGGUAUGCAAAGAGGACACAGGGCGGGACUGUUAGUGGGUUAAGGCCUAAUGUUCUCUCUACAGUACUCUACACUGUAAGACUAUGAUACACUUGUGGUCCUCUCCUCAAGGUUUAAAAAUUGCAAUUAGAAUUCUACAAA